AUGUCAGACGCCGGAGAGAAUAACACUACACCGCCAGUUCCCGGCCCCAAGACUGGCUAUUAUGGCCCUCAAGAACCUCCCGCGCUGAUCUGGCUGGAAAAUACGUAUUUCGCCGGUAACAUCAUGGGCGGUAUCUGUUAUGGUAGGCUUUUCAGGUGUUCGUUGUCGAUCCACACUAACCGACGCCCUUUUCCGCUUAGGCAUGACCAUUGUCCUUUUCUUCCAAUGUGUCUUUGCGAUUGUCAACUCUCCCAACAAGGAAAAGAGAAAACCAAUGCUUCUCUAUGUCAUCUUCAUGUUCUCCCUCGGCACCAUCUACACCGUAUUGUGGAAAUAUGGAAAGAACUCUAUUUUGUGUAG